UGGAACGUCGGAACGUCUGACUAAGCGCAACUCGAGUCACAUGUCGCGGCUGUGGGCUGGCCUCGAGACGACUUGACGGCGCUUUCCGCCCGCUGAGAGGACGGUGUGAAGUUUGAGAAGACACCGAGUACCGGGGCACGGCGACCGCAACCGCCAUGGCGAGCAGAGAGAGUGGCGGAGAGAGCCUACAAUCGUGGCUGAACAAGGCCACAGACCCGUCUAACCCAGAAGACAGGUGGGACUGUAUCCAGGGCUUCUAUGAGCAGGUCAACCAGGAGGCUGAUGGUCCUCAGGUUGCCACUCGUCUCCUGGCCCACAAGAUUCAGUCUCCUCAGCGGAGAGAGGCUCUACAGGCCCUCACCGUUCUAGAAGCCUGCAUGAACAACUGUGGCAAGAGGUUCCACAGUGAGGCGGCAAAGUUCCGCUUCCUCAAUGAACUCAUCAAAGUUCUGUCUCCAAAGUUCCUGGGUCAGUGGAGUGGUGCAGAGGUGAAGCUGAGGGUGACGGAGGUUCUGUACAGCUGGACUCUGUGGCUCAAAGAAGAACCCAAGAUUCAGGAGGCCUACCGCAUGCUUAAGAAACAAGGCCUUGUGAAGAAGGACCCUCAACUCCCAGACACCAUUGUGAUGCCUCCUCCCUCACAGAGAGCUGAGGACUCAGUGUUCAACCAGGAGGACAAGGCCAAGUUGUUAGCCAGACUCCUGAAGAGCAGUAGUCCUGAAGAUCUGCAGACAGCCAACAGACUGAUCAAGAACACCAUCAAAGAAGAGCAGCAGAAAGCAGAGCGUGUAUCUAGACGUGUCUCUACCCUGGAGGAGGUCGCUAGCAGAACCAGACAGCUGAGAGAGUUACUACAACAACACCGUCACACUGGGCCCUCCACUCACCUCACUGACCAGCUGAAGGCCGUCUACGAGCGCUGUGAUAGGCUCAGACCCAACCUGUUCCGAUUGGCCAGUGACACCGUCGACGAUGACGACGCUUUAGCUCAGAUCCUGCAGGCCAAUGAUGAGCUGACCCUGGUGGUCAACAUGUAUAAAGAGAUGAUGGGGGGGAGGAGAGAGAGCAACCGGAUGAGAGGAGGAGGAGGAGGAGGAAGAGGGGAGAGCUCCAUAAACAACGGUCCCAGCAGCCCCAGAGAGAUAAAGAGUUACCAUCUAAUAGACCUGUCAGCCCUGGACUCUCCACAGACACCUUCUAAAGACAUGGCUUCCUCCUUCCUGUCCUAUGAGACCUCUUCUCCCUCCUCCUCUCCUCUCUCCCGUCAGCGGCUCAACAGUGCUCUCCUGUCUCUAGUGGAUCUGGACGUCACAGGGCUGGAUAAACCAGCGUCGUCUCAAAGGCAGAGCAGCACGUACUACGAUGAACUAGUCCAGAUGAGAGGAGGAGAGGAGAACACAGGGAGAGACCAUUCCCUAACCACGGGGGUGUGUGGAGGGAGAGACCAUUCCCUAACCACGGGGGUGUGUGGAGGGAGAGACCAUUCCCUAACCACGGGGGUGUGUGGAGUGAGAGACCUCUCACUGGCGGCCCGGGGUUGUGGCAGUGGCUCGUCAAAUGGGACUGACUGGGCGGUCCUUCAGAAUCGGCCAAUUGUGAUGUCAGGAUCACCGUCAAACUCACAGAGUCAGCCAAUGACAGAGUCAGGAUCUCCAGUGAAAUCAGAGAGUUUGAAUCUCCCAGAAUCCUUAUCAGAGAUCCAUGUCCCUCUGGAGUCCAUUAAACCAAGUCGAUUGGAGCCAAUCACAGUGUACGACCAGAAUGGCGUCCAUGUUUCCCUCCAUUUCGCUAAAGACCCGCCCCCGGGAUACCCUAACGUUGCCGUGGUUGUCGUCUCCACGGUGAACACCUCAGCACUUCCUGUUAAAGGCAUCCUGUUUCAGGCUGCCGUUCCCAAGACCAUGACAGUGAAGCUCCAGCCGUCUUCGGGGAAGGAGCUCCCCCCCUACAACCCUACGCUGCCCCCUGCUGCCCUCUCGCAGAUACUGCUCCUCUCCAACCCACACAGGUGUAAGGUGCGUCUGCGCUACAAGCUGACCCUGGUCCACGGUGAUGGAGAGCAGAGCCUCAGUGAGAUGGGAGAGGUGGAGGACUUCCCUAACUGGGUCUCGUGGAUGGGUCUCUGAUCUGAGAGAACCCUGCAUGGAAUUCUAGGACCUGACAGAGAGAGAGAGAGACAUUCUAGAACCUGACAGAGAGAAAGAGACAUUCUAGAACCUGACACAUAAAUAUUCUGGUACCUGAUAGAGAAAGGUUCUGGGGCAGAAUGUAGAACCCUCUGCGAUCGCUGCCUUGACCACCAUGAUGUCAUGUAGUUGGUCAUGUAAUCUGUGAUAUCUGAGCUGCGUGUGUAUUUACUUCUGAUAUGACAUCAUCCUCUGAGGUUGUUAAAAAGUGAUAUUUAUUUAGGAUUUGAAGUAGGCUCUGAGACCAGUCUAGUGUUAGGUGUGGGUGUGUUCCUGUGUUUGUCUGAUUGACCCGGCUUUGCCAACUCCAUGCCAAAUGACCCACCUGGGUUACGUUUCUCUACAUUUUUCUAACAAACUAGACCAGGUGAACCAGGUGCCUCUGCUACUGACCUGUUCCCCUGACUCCUGUGUGAGCUGCUUGUUGUGUUUUUGUUCAUCGUCUGAUUGACUGAUCGAUUGAUGGAUCAGAUACGAUACUGUGAAAUCUGAUCAGUGAUCAAUAAAACAAAGAAUGCUGUUUUUAUCUGUAAA